AUGGAAGCCAUCACUUUCAAGGUUUCUCGGGGGUUUACCUACAAUUACUUCCACGUCAAGCCCAAGGCAGAGCCCCCGAGACCAUAUAUCCUCUUUCUACAUGGCUUUCCAUCCAUUGCUCUGGAGUGGCAACACCAAGUCGAGCACUUUAGACAGCUAGGCUUUGGUGUUAUUGCCCCGGACCUUCUUGGGUAUGGUGAAACAUCCCGCCCAUUGGAUGUCUCGCAUUAUCGAUUCAAGCAUAUGAGUUACGACGUGGCUGAAAUACUCGACCACGAGCACGCAGACGUGGUUUAUGGAGUCGGUCAUGAUAUGGGCGCUGGGCUUCUUGCCCGAAUGAGCUUUUAUCUUCCGCAUAGGUUCAGCAAGCUAGCGCUUCUAGUUACCGGCUACCUCCACCCAGGUGCAAGCUUUGACAUUGACACUGCCAACAGCCUCUCUCAGAAGAACCUUGGAUAUUCUCUAUUCGGAUACAUGAAGUUUUUCACCGAGGAUCCAGACGCAGUAGAAAUAAUCAACAGUCACCAAGACUCUUUUACUUCGCUGCUUUAUGCCAAGGAUCCUGUGGAAUGGACAAAACAUCUUGGACCUAUCGGCGCGACCAAGAAAUGGCUUCUAGAGGAUAAACAAGCAGAGCUAGGGUCAUGGCUGCCCAAAUCAUAUCUCGCCACUCGCAAAGGGGCGUUCUCAAAGGACGGUGGAUAUCAGGCGCCAUUGAACUGGUAUCGCGUUUUGGUCUCAAAUUUGAACCUACAGGACGAGCCUGGUACGUCUUUUCUUCCCUCGUGCCUACAAAUCGCUGACUACAAGUCGCACAGAGGAUGA